GGGUGCUUGACAUGGUCGUUGGCGAUCGCAGUGGAGCUGGAUGCCGGGCUGGAGUCAGUCAAGCUUGGCAAGAAAGCGCACCGGGGAAUUGCCAUGACCGAUUAUCAGAGAUUUGCUCUCGGCUGACUCGAUGUGCUUGCAUUUGGGGAAUAGAUGUGAGAGUCCUGCUUUAAUAGCGGGCGUUUGGAGGGGAUGGGCAUCAUGCCCGGCGUCCAUCCUGCAGCAAAUUAUUGGCUGGAUGGCGACGAUGGCCUCAACCCGGCCCUGGACCCUCUGCGAAGUGAUCGGCAUCGUGCAUGGCGCGCAUACCAUCCAGCCAUCUACACCGCAGUAGAAUACAUCCCGUGCAGCGCAAGCUACCCGCCGUUUCCGCCGUUUCAGCGCUACAGCUCCGUGCGGCGUCUCAGACAGUGCUACAUUCUUUGCGUGCGUCAGUAUCCAAAACCCGGCUGGCCCCCUCCACGGAACUUCACCUCGGCCUUUUCACCGUCCGAGCCACGGCCGUGCUCUCACUGUGCUGCCGGCCCCGCGUCCCGCCGCUACCAGUCCCGCCCCGGACCCGCAAACUGUGGGAGCGACACGUACGCAAGCUUCGAGCCCCAGCACCAAGAGCCAUCGGCGAUUCCCAUGUGCUGUUCGCUGCAUGUUAAUUGCUUCCUGGCGAGCGUCAUGUUGGUCUGCACGAAGUUAAGCUAACAAGUUAGCAAAUGGUUAUCGUCCCCGUGGCGCUUCCGCACGCAAUAUCUGACAGGCAAAUCAGAGCCGAUACGCUUAUCAAUCCCCUUGCGAUCCCUUUUUUCCAUAUCCCCAAAGCAAACACAUAUUUCAGAGAUCUUGAAAGUAUGACAUCCAAGCUCCACAGCCAGGCCUCCCUGUCAAUACGAGGUGGCAAAGACAGGCUCCUUCAUUUGCUCAUCAUCGUUCUCAGGUUCCGCUGCGAAUCGAGAUUGACCAUCAUCACACACAUACACACAUACUUGGCACGCUUGGCACCACUGAAAAAGAGACCAGAAUAAGCAUAAUUCAAUUUGUUUCCACAAUUAGCCUAAGCGCCUGCAUGUGCACAUACGUAAAGCUCGGG